AUGAUCAGUCAAUUCUCUGUGGCGUCAAUAGCCACGACAGCUGCUCUCCUCGUCGUUGCUGCCCUUCUGCUCCAGAUCAUCCAGAGGCUUUUCUUUCACCCUCUUCGCUCAGCCCCCGGACCAUGGGCAAACAGAGUUUCUGAUAUUCCUGCCACCAUUGCUUUGGUCACGGGAAACCAGCACACAUACUACAGGUCAUUGCACGAAAAAUAUGGCCCAAUCGUGCGAGUCUCCCCCGGAGAACUCAGCUUCGUCAGUGUUGAAGCACGGGAAGAAAUUUACGGUCUACGAAAAGGUGGUCUGAACAUGGAAAAGAGUGCUAUCUUCCUCGGAGCCGUGGGCAGUGUCGAGGGUCAGACUGGAGUGAGUCUGGCUCUCAAUGCAGAACACACUCGCCAGCGUAGGGCAUUGGGUUACCUAUUCACGAACACGGCGUUACUCCAGCAUGAAAGCUUACUUCGACUCCAUGUUAAUAAGCUGGUUGCCGUACUCAAGAAAAAGGCAGCUGCAAACCAGCCCGUGGACGUCUCAAGUUGGUUCACCUACAUCUCCUUUGAUGUAAUGGGCGACCUCUGCUUCGCCGAACCCUUCGGCUGCCUCGACCAGGCCUCAGCAACAGAAUGGUCCACUUCGGUCAUCAACGUCUUCAUAGCCGCCACCUGGACCCAAGGAAUCCGCCGCCUCUGCGGCGUAGGCACCCUUCUCGAGUCCCUCGCAACCAAACUACUCGUCCCCGCCAAAGCCGCACAAUGGCGAAACACCCACCUCAACAACUCACGGGAGAAGACAGCAAAACGUCUCGCAGACGGAGACCGUGAACACACAGAUUUCAUCUACCAGAUCCUCAAACACAAUGAAGCCAAGAACUCCCUUUCAGACACAGAAAUCAAACUCAACAUGGCCCUCUUCAUCAGUGCUGGCACGGACACAACAGCCACCACUCUAACGGGGUGGACAUACUACAUCUGCACUCACCCCACCGUUUACGCACGUGUCGUAUCUGAGAUCCGCUCCGCCAUCCCAGACGCAGAAGACAUCAAGUGGGAAAACGUCCGAAACCUCCGCUAUCUUGAAGCAACCAUCCACGAAGCGCUCCGCCUCUUUCCGCCCUCGGGUGCGAGCCAGCAGCGCAUCGUCCCCCGUGGCGGCGCGACGAUCGAUGGCUUCUACGUCCCAGCCGGCACGACCGUUGCUGUCUCCCCAUGGGCAUCAACGCGUUCAAAACUAAAUUUCCAUGACCCUGACGAUUUUAGGCCCGAGCGGUGGCUCAGCGAGGGAGAGGAAUACGCGAAUGACCGACUCGGUGCAUCGUUACCAUUCGGCACUGGACCGAGAGUGUGCAUUGGGCGGAACCUGGCGUAUAUGGAGAUGCGGCUUGUAGCGGCACAUUUGCUGUGGAGUUUUGACAUGGCGAUUGAUCGGGGGAGGUAUGAGGGAGAGAAUAGUGCCUGGGGGUUUGAGAGGAGGAUGAAAACGCAGAAAGUGUUUCACUCUAUGACGAAGCCGGAGUUGUGGGUGGGGUUGAAGGAGGUUGACCGGUGAGGUGGGUAGUUUGGGAUAGAGUUGAGAAAAAUUGAGAAUCGUGGAGACUGUCCCGAA